CGUCUAUAUAAGAGCUUCCAGGAUGCCACAUAUCGGUCAUUCACGCGUUUGUUGCCAGCGCUUUCCAAGACAUCGCCUCUUCCCGCACCUUGAACCGUGCGCACCGCCACUACUCCGCUCUCACACGUAGCUCUACCCACGCUUUCCAAUCGCGGAUUUAUUUCCCUCUCUCUCGUGCAGCCAAUGCGGAUUUCACCACAAAAACUUUGUGAAAGAAGAGUCCCAGGGCGCAUAGGAUGCUCCGCAGCGCAGAGAGCGAGUUUAACGCAAACUAGUGAGCUCGCACUGUUCAGGAGGGACUCCACGUGAAGUUGGGAGUGUGAGAAACAGAACUGAAACAGGAUUUGUUUCCCCCCCCCCUCGUUUAGUGUGGCCUACACGCUGGGUAUAGACAAUGGAUACUUUAAGUCUGUCAGUGAACGCUGUGUCCUACACAGCAGCGGCUGAACUCUUCACUCCUGAUGACCCGUUUAAAGGACCCAUCAAGACCAUCGCGCCGUGGAACUUCACUUUCCUGGCUGUGUUCAUGUUCUUCGUCACCUCCGUGUCUCUGAGCGAAAACUUCCUCGUCAUGUUUGUCACUUUCAAGUACAAACAACUCCGACAGCCUCUGAACUAUAUCAUACUUAAUUUGGCAAUCGCAGAUUUUUUGCUCUCUCUCAUCGGUGGAGUAAUAAGUUUCCUGACAAACUCCAGAGGUUAUUUCUUUCUUGGGAGGUGGGCUUGCGUCUUGGAGGGGUUUGCUGUCACUUUUUUCGGGAUUGUGGCCAUGUGGUCCCUCUCUGUUCUGUCCUUCGAACGAUUCUUCGUGGUCUGCCGGCCUAUGGGAAACAUCCGACUGCAAACGAAGCAUGCGGUCCUGGGUCUGGUGUUCGUCUGGACCUUCUCCUUCAUCUGCACCAUCCCUCCAGUGCUGGGCUGGAACAGUUACACUACAAGCAAGAUCGGAACCACCUGUGAGCCUAACUGGUAUUCAACCAGCCUGAUCGAUCACAGCUACAUCAUCGUUUUCUUCAUCACCUGUUUCAUUCUGCCUCUCGGAGUAAUAUUUUACUGCUAUGGAAAGCUCCUGCAGAAGCUCAGGAAGGUAUCUCAUGGUCGUGUGGCUGGAGCCAAGAAGCCAGAGAGGCAGGUGACCCGUAUGGUGGUUGUGAUGAUUGUGGCCUACAUGGUGGGAUGGACGCCGUACGCAGCCUUCUCCAUACUGGUCACAAUUCAUCCAACCAUCAAACUUGACCCCGGGCUGGCUUCCAUCCCCGCCUUCUUUUCCAAGACCACUGCUGCCUACAACCCAGUCAUCUAUGUCUUCAUGAAUAAACAGUUCAGGAAGUGCCUAAUUCAGCUCUUCGGCGGCAAGGUGACCAUCCCAGACAGCAAUAUGAACCAGACCUCAGAGCGACCUGGAAUUACUGCAGAGAGUCAAAUAGGAGAAAUGUCAGCCAUUGCGGCCCGCAUACGCGAGAGUGGCUCUAUGUCACCCAAGUCUGGUGGUUCUCCAACUGAAUGUGGCUCGUUUGUCCAACUGCCGAUCCCAGAAAACAAAGUGUGUCCAAUGUAACGGUAAACUAAUCCCAAUAGGUGUUCUCUCACUAUCCUCUGACACCCAUAGUCCAUAAUAACCUUCUAUAAUCUAGAUGUACUGUGUUUCAAAAAACAUUUUGGACAGAUCUUUAAACAUUAUAUAUAUGUUUAUAUAUAUCUGCUAAUGUGUCAGGGCACUUGAUUAGACUUGAUAGCUUUUGCCUUCAUAUCCCAAUGAAAAAAAGAGACCAAACCUUGACAUUAGUGAGUUGAGGGCUAGCCAGUUUUUUUCAGCCUUUUAUCUCGUCCUCGCCUUCUCCUUUGAAGCCCUGUGAUGGUGCCUGUUGAGAAAGCGUUGUUUUUUCUAUGCUGUUUCAGUACUUCACUUUGGCAGUGCAUCUUCAUUCGUCUUCGCUCGUCAAGAGGACGGAGCAGUCUUCUGAAUUUGGAUACUUUUUACUUUAGUUCAUAGUUUAGGUCAAAGCUUUUAUCUUUAUAGAAGAUGGCCAAUGGGACUUGGAGAUGCCAGUCUCCUGUUGCCUCUGCUGCAGAUGUAGGACAACAUAUAUAUGAAGUGCCAGCAGGGGAUCAACAAACACAAAAAUACACACAACUACAAGCAACACAUAGAUACAUCACACAGGCAUGCACAUACACUUUUAUGCACACACACACACACACACACACACACACACAGAUUGCAGUUCACUUCCUGUAUUAUACGUAAUGCGCUCUCUAUAGGCACUGUGAUGAUACAAUGCAACAAUAAAUACAAGAGUGGCUUAGCUAAGCAGCCAUGUACAAAAGCAAUGAGUAUUGCCAUCAUAAGCACAGGUCAACAGCAAUAUCAAAGCUAAAUACUGUCACACAGUUGAACACUUCAGCAUUACUGUACAGUAGCUGUAGGAGUGAGUGUUAAAAUGUCUUCUACUUGACUUUGUGGUGCAUGUUUGUUAUAUAUUUGGAUAUUUGUCAAAACACUGUUGUAUUCUCUAUGCUGCACAGUGAUUCACCAUGUUAAAAAUAGCAACAGUAUGGUAUCUGUUUGCAAUGUACUGUGUGUUCCAAUCAUGUUCGGCCAGUCUGUUAGGAGUAAAAUCUUGCUUCUAUAAGAAUCAUCUGUGCCAAAUGAAUUCUGAUGCCUUGAUAUAAUUAGCAUAACAACGUGAGACCAUUUUAUUUCACACCAUACUAAGCUUUAUUCUGCCAUUACCAGAAACAUCCUAUUUUAUGGCGUCAAUCCAAAUUUCUUGCAAAUGUGAAAUGUGGUUCACUUGCCAGUAGAUAUUUCCAAUAUUCUCAUAGAUGGCCUCUUUUUGUGGUAAUUACACCAAUGUCAACAUUGAAUACUUAAUUUAUUGAUGUUACAAUGUUCAAGCCAUAUCCUAGGUUUGUCACAAUUAGCUGUUACUGUUUGCAAAAGUAAAAGGAAAAAAAAAACACUAAAUGUUAAAUUCCAGCAUAGGCAUGUUGUUUGACAAUGUUUUCCCUUUUUAAUUAUAUUUUAUAAUUGUUGGCAUUAUCACCAUUACAUUCAAACAAUUCCAACUUGUCUUGCAAAUGGGUCUAUACCAGCUGCCUCAAGGGAUUGUUGUAUAAUCUGUUUAAACAUUUUUAGAUAAUAGUGCAGUAUAUAUGUGUAUAAAGUAUAUAGGUAGCCUACAGUGUACAACCACAACAGUGUGGGAAAUGAAGGACAAGAAAAGGCCAUACUUAAAAGUGACAAUGAACUAUGCCUUAAAUUGUUUUCACUCUGACCUCUGCAGUGUAAUAACCAGUGUAAUGUCAUAAAUGUCCUCCAAAUUCAAUAUCACAGGGAUAGUUUCGAUUUUUGAAGGUACAUAUGAAUGCAUGGACAUGAGGCAGAGGCAACCAGUCAUGUGGUUGCCAAUCUCCCAGUGAGCCAGGGGCUUCAUCCAAUAAAACAAGCAGAGUCACACACACAGCUAACAAAAAGAUGUAAAUGCUCCAAGCACCCUGUCCAUCACAUCAUGGUCCAGCUUUCAGUAAUACAUUGGUUUAACAAAUAAAACUGUUCCAAGGUUACUGUGAAGUCUAAGAGAAGAAUCCAGCAAACAGAACAGAAGAUGCUUCAUUUUUUUGUUGUGUUUUUGUGUCCUGAAAGUUGCUCAUUUCUGGAUGACAAGGCCACGUCUCAAUGGAAAAUCUCCAACCACAGCUCUGCCUACCUAAGCUAACCUCCGUGCAUCAAUAUCACAACUCCUCAGCGACUCAUACUAUCUACACACUCUGUCUUCGCCAGCCAAUACCAAUUAAUUUAACCUAUCCCAAGCCUUCCCACUACCGACACACAUACACUCACACACACACACACACAUACAAAAAAACAUACAUACAGGCUUGUCAUACGGUAGGUGUGUGGGGGCUUUUCGAAGUAGGGACUUCACCUUGAACAUCUGACAGGAUAUAAAUCAAACAAACCUGCCAGUGUUACAUUUUGGUGCAAGGAUUACAGACUGCACUGCAUGCUGAUAAGGGGAGGGAACACUUCCAACAUACAUGGGUUAAAGUUCUAUUUCUCACCUCCCAACCCUGAAUAUCAACCACUCCACUUGUAUGUUGUGAUGUACUUAGAAAAGGCAUGUCAAGACUGGUUCUGUUGUAUGUUCUUUUGUGUCGUUGGUACUUUUGUCUUGAUUUACAUGGGUUUACAAGUUUACAGUAGAUGCACUCUGGUUAAUAAAAAUGUCUGUAUUAAAGUAUAUUUUUUGAAAAGCAA